AUGGCCAUAGGAACGGACAAGCUCUAUAUCACACACUCUGAGUGGGCAUCGGAGGAUGCCUUUUCAGCCAGCGCGGGCGCUGGCGUAUCCAAAUCUCGACGUGGAGGCCCUCAUGCCGCGUUCAAGCGCCUACCAUUCAAUUUCUGCUCCCUCUCCCUCCAGCCGUUUUCGCACCCAGUCUGUACGCCAACUGGCACCAUCUUCGACCUGACCAAUAUCUUACCCUGGAUCAAGAAGCAUGGGACGAACCCAGUUGAUGGAUCGCCAUUGAAGAAUUCCGAACUGAUCAAGCUCACCAUCGCGAAGAACGAGGAUGGCGAGUAUGUGGACCCGGUGACCUAUAAGGUCUUGACCGAUAACACGCACAUUGUCGCACUGCGUAAUACGGGAAAUGUCUUCGCUUGGGACACUGUAGAGCGCCUUAAUAUCAAGGGCAAGCUCUGGCGUGACCUAGUCACCGAUGAAGAAUUCAGUCGCAAGGAUAUCAUCACCUUACAGGAUCCCCAGAACAUCGAAUCGCGUAAUCUCAGUUCCUUCAACUACCUGAAGGAAGGCGAGACGGAGAUUUUAGACCAGCAACAAACAUCGGGCAGCGUCAAUACCAAUGCGCUGGGAAGUUCGGCGAAGAUCUUGAAGGCCAAGGAGGCUGUUGCCAAGGCCCGCGCAGAUCGGGCGCAACAGCAGGUUGGAUCCGCUGCUUCUCAAGCAGUCGCUAAGACCGUGGCUGCAGGUACCGCUGCCUCACAACGUGGGGUUGGCCAGUCUGGGAAACCUACGCCGUACAAUGCUGCCCGCCACACAACCGGCAAGGCUGCGGCCUCAUUCACCAGUACUGGGUUGACGCCUCAUACAUCGGCCGAGCUCGCGCUGUUAUCCGAAGAGGAGUACAUGUUGAAGCGUGGCCGGGUAAAGGGCAAGGGCUAUGCACGGAUCGUGACCACCUCGGGGCACCUGAAUGUGGAACUGUAUGCGGAAUACGCUCCCAAGGCCGUGUGGAACUUCAUCCAACUGGCCAAGAAGGGUUACUACAAGGAUGUGACCUUUCACCGCAAUAUCAAAGGAUUCAUGAUUCAGGGUGGUGAUCCCACCGGUACUGGACGAGGUGGCGAGAGCAUCUGGGGCAAGUACUUUGCUGAUGAGUUUGAGGGGCCGCUGAAGCACGAUGGGCGAGGCACGCUGAGCAUGGCCAACAAGGGCAAGAAUACAAACAGCAGCCAAUUCUUUUUUGCCUACCGUGCCUUGCCUCACCUGGACCGCAAGCACACGGUCUUCGGUCGACUCAUCGAUGAUCCUACUCCUUCAUCUACGACCCUCAGCACUCUUGAAACCCUCCCCGUGGAGGCAAAUACCAACCGACCCACUUCGGAGAUUCGCAUCAAGGAUGUCACCGUCUUUGUGGAUCCGUUUGAGGACUUCUUGGAGCAGAAGCGCUCUGAGGGCACCCAAGGUGCCAAUGCUAGCCAUGCCGACUCCGACGAGACUCGCCGCGAGGAUGAUGACCGAGUAACCUGGACGGGGAAGCGUGUUCGUGGCGCUGGUGGCGUGUCGAACGACACCGGGUCCGUCGGGGUUGGAAAAUACCUCAAAGCCGCGUUAGCCGACCGGCGCGACGAGGAGGAUGAGAUUGUGGAGUUUGUGGACGAGCCAGAGCCAGAACCUGCGCGCAAGAAGGCAAAGGGCACCGGCGGUUUUGGAGACUUCAGCUCCUGGUAA